AUGGAGAAAGAGAGAGAGCACAAAAUAGACCUUGGACAGAUGUUGAGCACUGGCUUGGUGUCAGACAUUGUGGUUGGACCUCCAGAAAUAUGCGGCAGUGAAAUAAUUCUGGGAUUUAUGUGCCAGGGUGGUGACUUCAUAUGCCAUAAAGGCACUGGUGGCAAGACCAUCUAUGGAGAGAAUUUUGUUGAUGAGAGUUUCAUCCUGAAGCAUAUGGGUCCUGGCAUCUUGUCCAUGGCAAACGUUGGCCCCAACACAAAUGAUUCCCAUUUUUUCAUCUGCACUGCCAAGAUUGUGUGGUUGGAUGGCCAGCAUGUGGUCUUUGGCAAGGUGAGAGAGGGCAUGAAUAUUGUGGGAGACAUGGAGCUCUUUGGGUCCUGGAAUGGCAAGAUCAGCAAGAUCACCAUUGCUGACUGUGGACAAAUCUCAUAA